UAGCAAUCGAGAUCAAUGAGGCGCUUACUCGUUGUCAGAAGUCGCCGUCUCCUCGCUCAUCUUUCCCUCACCGUGAUCCGAUCUGGAGAUGGAGGAGCAACAGCAGGCGGGGGAGCAGCAGCAGCACCGAGGGGCAGGCGGCAGCGGCGGCCGGGGGGGCGCGGGGGCAGCGGCACAGGGGCCUCACCAUGGUGGAUGCCUCACCCAGAACGGUGCCCCCCCAGCCGGGAACCCCGGCCACCCCCGCAAGGGGGUGGCGGCAGCAACCUCCUCCGUGGCGACCCCAGCCUCUUCCCCCGCCUCAGUGCCCAACAAGGGAUCCGAGGAGGCCCGGUAGAAAGGGAAAAAGACAGGGGGCUGCAAAGGCUGACUGGAGAGCUGCUCCUCCGGCCACUGGGGUGGAGCGCAGCGGGGUCCGGCCAGGAAGGAGCAGGCAGGCGGAGAACCUGGGAGCAGAGGCGGCGCUUCCCUCAGGGAUGCGGCGAGGAGGAAGCAGAGCUCCACUUGGUGGGGGCCGGCGGGGGGGUGCCGAGCCCAGGCUCCGGGCAGCGGCGGCGCGGUCCGGCCGGAGCCCACCCCACCAUCUCCCGCCUAGCCGCCGGCUGCCCCUCAACCCCCGGCGACGCCUGGGUCGGUCCUCAGGCGCGGGCAGAGCCGGGCAAGAGGCCCCGCGGCGGCGGAUUCCUCCAGACACGCUCCAGCCGGGACUCCUCCUGAGGGGGGAGGAGGGGGCGGCGAGGAGCGUGUGAGGCGAGGGGCAGGCGAGCCGAUCGCUCCCACCCGGCCAGAGAAGAGCGGACGGACCCGGGAUCGGGGGGCAGGAGCCCGAGAGGCGGCGAGAGAGAGGAGCGGCCGCAGGUCCCCCGCCAGCCAGUGCCCACCAGCAGCUCGGCGGGCCAGCUCUUCACGCCCGAGAGAGGGGAGCCGCGAGGGGGGCGGCGGAAGCGCUCACGCCGCCCGCUCCUUCCGCCGCCGCUGCCCGAACCGGGGGCGCCCGCGAGAGAAGGAGGCGAAGUAGUCCCUCGCGACUUCUCCCGGCAGCCGGCUUCCCUCUGAGGCCAGAGCGGGCACGGGGUGGGGCUGCCGAGCGGGGUGCUCAAGCCGUGAGGAUAUGUGGGUAGGACUAAAAGCCGCGGCCUCCGGGCGAAUCACUGCAACUCGAAGUCGUGUGCAGCAUGGCAAGUUUCAGGAAAGUAGUUCCCUCCUCCCUUCAUUUCCCAAAUCGUAGUCGAGCCACUUAGCGAGGAAAUGGGGGGGAGGGGGGCGGAGGGAUACCGCCCUGCACUGUGCUCGGUGUGCGUGCGCGCCCUCCAAACUCUUGGCACGCCGCGAAAGGGGGCGGGGGUGGGAGCUGCGAGAGGAGCUGCUUGGGAGGUUGCAUUGUUGUGGCGCGUUACUCCCCGUUACUCGGCUUGCUUGAACGAAGAGGCUAGAAAGACAGUGUGCUCAGAGGAGAAAUCUGGAGACUACUCUCUUCUGCUGUGUGUGUGUGUGUGUGUGUGUGUGUGUGUGUGUUUUCCUUGCAGAGCAAAGAAUGGAACUGGCGUGAGUUCAUCUUUAGUUAGUGGGGGUUAGAAGCAGGGACUGUGCAAAAAGAGCUCCUCCUGCUGUCCCCCUGGUUGCAUUGCUGCAGUUCUGCAGUUCCCUAGCUGCAUGCACGGGGUGUGUGUGUGUGUGUGAGAGAGAGAGAGAGAGAGAGAAUGAAUAUGAGAAUGUGUGUGUGUUAGUUUUAACACCUUGCCUCCCUGCCUGGAUUCUUACUGCGCAAGGGGUGUGCUGUCAGGGCAUUCAUCUCCGAAAGCUGGAGUGAUUGUUAAUGGAGAACGACUUCCAUUGAAGCCCAGGGUAGGCGUGUUACAUGAAUCUGGCGCAGCCAGAACGGAGGAAAUAACUCCCGCUGCGAGUGAGGUUGCAUAACUAUACCGCAGGAGAUGCUUCUAUGGCAGGAACUGCUCCGAACGGAGGCGGACCGAUUGGAUAGACAGCUGUCAUGAAUGCAUUGUUAGAGGACAAUGAAUGCAUUCAUCUCAAAAGGUUUUUGCACAGAAAUCUGCUGGGGUUGUGGGCUGGAACCUAAGGUCAGCCCAGCCACAGGAGUCAGAACUCGUGGCUCUGCAAAUUCUAUUAUCUCUUCUCUACUUAGAAAGCCAGCCUUUACACGAACCGGCCUAGGGGACUGAAUCCCAAGCGCUGCCAAGUUCCUGAUGCAUCUUCCCAGAUUUAAGCCUAGCCCUGAGUGCAAUGUUUUUCUCUUCCUUCUCAGGUUUGUGCGAGCUAAAAAUGAAGGUUGCUGCUGGUGCCACAUUGAAGAGAACAAUUCCCGAGGAAGUAAUCAAGUUUAGAGAACCUCGCAACAAGGCAGCACUCUUCUGCCAUCCCUCUAGAAAACGCAGGAUUGUUGUUCUGAGAAUGCGCGUGCACAGUAGUGCACUAACAGUGUUUUGCACGUGGCAGGUGCUUAAUAAAUAUUCGACGAAUUAACAAAGGCGCUAAACCAGUCAGUGUGCCCCAAGAUCAUCCCACUGUUUUCUGAGGACUGCUGUUAACCAGUUAGACUGCUCAAGUUUCAAUCAAGUCCCAUCAGAGCUCAGAGUCUUCUAUGCUGAAGCAGUCAGAAAUGGUGCUACUGCUUAGAGCCAAGAGAUCUUCUAGUCUGACUGUCAAUCACUGGCUGCUCUAUACUCUAGAGGCCUCAACUAAUCUAUCUGGUUGUCUGGACCUCAGGAGGUAAAGAGGCAUGGCAACCCCCUUAUUUGGAUCAUGACUUGAACAAAUAUUUUUAAAUUUGGGACAACAGGAGAAAUUUGAACAUUAACUGGAGAUUUGUUGAGAACAAGGAUUUCUUUUUUGAGUAUUGGUUUAUGGCUACAUUUUCUUUAAGUCCUUACCUUUCAGAAAUGUGUACCCUAAAAUAUUUACAGAUGAAAUGUUAUGCUUCAGAAUAAUCCACUGGGAUGAGGCAUAGGAAGCAUGAGUAAGGAUAUAGAUGAAACAAGAUUGAUUGUAGAUUAAUGAUGAACACAUUGUUUACUAUUUUAUAAUUUAAAAUGUUCUGUAAUAAUUUUUUUAAAAUACACUGCAAAUACUUACUUAAAAUGCAGAUUCCCAGACCUCAGCUCAGAAAUUGUGAUCACUAGGUCUAUAAUGGGGCCAACCGUGCUUUUGUAAGUAUGCUAGGUACUUGGCCCUUUUUAGUCCUUCAUUGUCUACUCCCCAUUUCCUUGCAACCAUUUUUGUCAUCCUGUCCCCCAGCACAUCCCUGCUUGAAAACUGUGUUCCAGCAACACAGAAUAGGGUAGUGCAUGGUAUAUCAUAAGCUUAGAUAGAUACUGAUCAAGGCCAGAGGGCUAGUUCAGUUAGGAAAGGUAGAUCCAGCUAGACUUGAAAAGCUAUGUGAGAAGCUAAAUACAGCCCACAGUUUUGUCUUAAGUUCCAACUCCAUUCAGUUAUUAUGUCAAGAAGAAUUCCAUGGCCACAUUAGGGCUCAGCAAGAAAGGAGAUACUUAUAUUUGCUCAGUUGUGUUUUCUAGGUGGACCUGUGGGAAGGAAGCUAGUCACAAAAGCUGGUUAUCACAACUGACUAUCUGUAUUAUUGUGCUCAGCUUUAGGAAUUAGCCACAACCGUUUAAUGACCUAUUAGAGGUAAUUAAUUAUCAAUAGCAUCCGUGGACCAAAGAGGGAGGAACAGGAGCACAACUGCCAAGUAAUUGCCAGUAUAGGAUCUGAUCCAACUUAAGCAAGGUACAAGUGGAUUCUGAGUUCCUUGUAGGUAUCAGACCAGGGUUUCUUCACAAGGACAAAAAAAGUAGGCUGUCCUCACUGAGACGGUGGCAGAUGACAAGCCAUGCUCCAAAUCAGUUUCUUUUCUUUUCUUCACGUUGCUCAGGCCAUAGUAAUCAUCUUUCUUAUGAAUUCAGAAUUGGUCUUUUCAGAUUCUUUAAUUUUUUUCCUUUGUUGUUUAUACUUGUAUUGAUAAUUAUUUUUUUUUUUCUGAUUCAUUUUUUAUGAGUUUAUAUUUGUUUUCCCAGUUAAAUUUUAGUGACUGGAAGGUAGAGGCUGCCCUUCAUAUUUUUGGCAUCCUUUUUAGCAGUGGUUUUAAGUAAUAGAUGCUUUUUGGGUGAAAUACUAUGCCAAGGCCUUGACUAUGUAUAAAAAGGAAGCUGUAUUGACUCAGAGUGGAGUAGAAAUCAGGAAUCCCCUCUGGCUUCCCAUUGGGAUUUAAUACUAUUGCAGUUUAGCAUUUCACAUACACUGUGCCUUGUACUAUAAGCUCUCAACAGAUAUUUAUAUUUUUGAGAAGCCAAAAGACAGCCAGGCCAAUAUGUGAGGUUCUAAAAGUACAUAAAAUACAAGUGCACAUUUCCAUUUCUAAAAUUACCGUUAACAUUACUCCUUAGCAGAUGUAAUUAAAACUUUGUAUUUUAAAACUGUAGUUAAUGUGUGCAUAGAUCAAUGGGAACUUCCUACUUUCGUGGUGUACUUUGUUUAAUAAAUGUUUUGGUUUUUUUUAGUUUAA